UAGUGAGUGCAUAAAACAGAGCUGGGCUGACUGUUAGACACACAGAAGAACGCGCAGUAUUUGUGAUUCUACAGGGAUAGAAAUAAGUACCAAGCAUUCGACUUUUUACUGCUGGUCUCCUGUACAAAGAUUAGUAAUUCAUUAUAAUAUAUUUGAGUAUCUGCCUCUGAGACUGUGUAGCUUGGCAGGAGCCUUGCCAUUGCAACUCCUUCUCUUGCAAACGUCUGAUCCAGCAAGACUCCGCCAGCUGUUGCUACCCUGCUAAUGUAGAAUCAUUUGAACCAGGAGUGCAGACCUCCCUCAAAGCAAUGGCGUCCAGCAACAUAACAGAAGCACCACUGUGUUUGAAUUGGUGUGCCAAUUCCUUCAACAUGACCUAUGCCAAAAUAGAGCUCUCUGUUAUCAUCUCGAUCUUUUCAAUGACUAUGGGGAUCGUGUCUAACAGCCUGGCCCUGGCAAUCCUCGUGAAGGCCUACAGGCAUUUCAAGUUGAAGUCCAAAGCUUCUUUCCUGCUCUUCGCCACUGGCUUGGUAAUCACAGACUUCCUAGGACAUCUCAUCAACGGAUCGAUAGUGAUGCUGGUUUACUCCUUACACAAAGACUGGGAUACGUUUGACCCCCACAAAAUACUCUGUGGCUUUUUCGGGGGCUGCAUGGUGUUCUUCGGCCUGAGCCCCUUGUUGCUGGGCAGCGUGAUGGCAGUGGAGCGCUGCAUAGGGGUCACCAACCCAAUAUUCCAUUCCACCAAACUCACCUCCAGACACAUGAAGAAGCUGCUGGCUCUGGUCUGGCUAUUUGCCAUUUUUAUAGCUGUGCUGCCGGUCAUGGCAAAGAGGCCCUACGAAGUGCAGGAAUCCAAAAGCUGGUGCUUCUUCAAAAUAAAGAACAAGAGGGACUGGGUGGACGUGUUCUUCCCGCUACUCUUUUCUACCCUGGGAUUGGCGUCCCUUUUCAUUUCCAUCCUGUGCAACACUGUCACAGGCGUCACCCUCAUCAGGUCCAAAAUGAGAAGCGAAAAGCACAGACAAGGCAGGUCUCACCACUUCGAAAUGAUAUGCCAGCUGUUGGCUAUCAUGCUGGUCUCCUGUAUCUGCUGGGGUCCAUUGCUGGUUAUUGUUAAAAUUGGAAGCACUGAUUCUCAGAAUAAUGUGAGCUGUGAAAGAAUGCUGCCUGCUGUGCGAAUGGCCACAUGGAAUCAAAUUUUAGACCCCUGGGUGUACAUUCUCCUCAGAAAGGCUGUGCUGAAAAAACUUUUCAUAAUAACCAGGCGCUGCUGUGGAUAUAAAAUCCUCAAUCUUUACAAAUGGAACUGCAGCUCAAUGAAAUGUUCCAUGAAGAUGACAGCCAUGUCUAGCCAGCCAGGCUUGGUCCCAGAAAGUUCUAUUAGAAGUGUCAUGCCUGACAUUGUUAUUAAUGGCACAGUCCCAUGUAGUUGAGGUGAAGGAUGCUGAAUAAAGCAAUACAACCAGAAUCAGCUGGGCUUCCUUCUGUGAAGCACAUAGUUGAGUGAGAACGAGGAGCUGAAAACUGAGUUGAGGAGCUGAAAAGGACACGUGUGCUCCUAGUUUUAUGUUAUGUUAGUACAAUAUUUAUGGGACAGAUGUUUUGAUUUAUUCGUGCUGACCAAAAGCACGUCUAAAACAGUAAUACUUGAGCUUAUCGAUGCGAUCGUUACAAGAGAUCUGUGCCAUAUUGAUAACUACAGCCCAAUAAAUGUGGCCACAUGCAACAGAAAUGCACAGAAGCGGAUUCAUUUAGCAGAUGUUAUAUAUUAAACAGUAACACAAUGUUUCUAGUAGAUUUAUAGUUCAUUCCUUAAUUUUCCCCAUGGCUUCCUUCAUUGGAAAUAGCUAUGCUUAUUGAAGUCUAGAUUAUGAAACAAAAAUAUCAUUUAGUCUAAGCAACUUCAGAUCAUACUUUGUUUUGAAACAAUGUUGUGGUAUAGACAGGUACUGUGACUUAAGAGUCCAAACAGGUAGUGUUGUCCAUUGAUGUAGAGAUACAGACUUUACACUUAAGCAAUUUACCUGAAUGGUAUUAAAGCUUAUGUGUUUUCUGGUGUGACUAUUGUAAAUACUGUAUUUAUGGGCAAAGUCUGGAUUACAGAAAAGCCCAGGUUUUAUUUAGCAACACGCUAACAUUAUUCUAGUUAAACACCGUUGACUGGGAGAGGUCUUUGGCUGGAACUUCAACACACAUAUAAAUAACACCUCCUUUGUACUCUCAGUGCAAUGCAUUUCCAAUCAGGGUAAACUAGCCUAACUAGUAUUGCUCUGUGUACCAGUGUUGGAGGUGAGUGAAUGAAUAAGAAAUGCUUUAAAAGCUUGGUUUCUUGUACUCAUGAAAGUAACAUUCAUAAUAAAAAAUCACAACAGUGUUAUAUCUGGUUUACCCUGCUGGAAAUGUUACUGCUCUGAAAAUACACUGAAAUGAAGGCAAAUAGCAAACAACAUCCAGAUGGUUGAAUGUAAAUAAGGUGACAAAAUAACAAAGGCAAAAACUGGUUAAAAAAAAAGGCAUGCCUACGUUUGAAAACUGUGAAAAAUAUAUGUUUAAAUAUCUGCUGUUUGUGAUACAGUUAAUGUUCUGUUUUGAAUUUUGUAUUGUAUGUUUUAUCUGUGAAAACUAUACCUCUGGCAAUGUGCUUCAGCACUCCUGUGGUACUUUGUGAUCUAAGUGUUUCAAAUUCACUGUAGCUGGGGAGCUUUCCAAGAAUCUGUCUUGGACCUGGCGUCUGUCCCCACUGGAAAAUUGUGCAAUAAACAGUCUUGCCAAAUCAACAGAAUCAUAUUACUGUUUUGAGCCAAUUGCUUAAAAAAAGUGUCUUUGCUUUUCAGAAAUCAUAUCAAUGUGCUUUCUCCCCACUCCCCUGACCCCCCACAGCAUUGAUACAUUAGUAUAAGCUGAUCAUACUUUGCUGACAUCUGACCUUUUCAAACCACAAUAUAAUAUCCUGGGCACCAUUGCUGUAUUUUAAUAGAAUGAAUCAUCUCUAACAGAGCUGUUGCACGUGAUUCUUCUACCUUUAAAAAGCUUUUCCACGUUCUUGCUGGUCUGGCAAUUUCUUGAACAUGUUGUCCCUCUAAAGACUGCCAGCUUCUUGUGAUGCCAGAGUGAACCAGCAGAAUAAACAACAGGCAUUUUCAACCCUCCUGGCAGUUAUCUGUAUAAAGUUCAAACUGCAGUUUGAAUUGUGCCAACGCUCAGGACAUUACUGCACUGAUUCAGAAUUUCAGUUGCUUAAUGAUGUGCAAGCAUAUGUAUUAAAAUGUUUUUAUUUUA